AAUAAAGCCAUACAAAUACAAGUUCCGUGUUGCCGUGAUUAGUUCGUGAGAGUUUAUUUUUAUAACGUCUGUAAUGAUGGCUUUGAGCUGCACAACUGCAGCAUCCUUCAUUUCAUUCGAUAACUGCACUUAAUCAUGAGCUUUUAAAAAAGAGUAGGCGUUGUUAGUCAUCAUCCGGGCAUAGCCGCAUAAGUAAUGCGUGAAGUAGCUGCAAAUGUUUGAUUUCACAACUCUGCCAAUAAAUAUUAUCAUAGAUUACAGCUGAUAUAACAUCAUUGAUUGCUAAUGAGUUAAUGAAGAAAAUUAUAUGCAUUAAACUAUGUAUUUGGAACUUUACGACGUAUCAAGUGUAGAAUAAACGUAUGUUGAACUGACUUUCGUUAGAAGUUACUCAGUGAAUAUCUUUUUAUCCUGCUAUUUAUUGUACAUGAGUCAUGGCGAAUUUUCUGGCAAAUCAGGAAGAUGUCAAACUGACAAUACCCAAAGCAGAAACUAAUGAUGGAGUCACAUUUUACAUAUUGGAAGUACAAAUUGCAUCUCACAAAUGGACUGUCAAACACAGGUACAGUGAAUUUGCAGAGCUUCAUGAUAUUUUAGUUAUGGAUCAUUGCGUUGAAAAAGAUAUCUUACCACCUAAAAAACUCAUUGGUAAUAAAUCAGAGGCAUUUAUUGAAAAACGACGUGUAGCUCUCGAAUCAUACAUCAAUUCUAUUUACACUUAUCUUAAGAAGAUUAUGCCAUUACCCUUGGCUAAAUUUUUAGAGUUACAUGUCUAUGAAAUUUUCUUUUUGUUGCAAAGUUUAGCAAGUAACUUUUUUACCAAUGGUGUGAAUCUUCUGCAAGAUCCAGAAGGUCAUACUUUUGAAGUAAUACAGAUGCAUGCUAUAAGUGAAAGACUGAAACAACCACGCCCUUUGUUGGAAGUUACAGAUAAAAAAUAUGAUUUUAGUCAUGUGUUGGACUUUACUUCUCAUUUAAAAAAACUUACUGUAAUGGGAACUAGUUCAGUUUUUGGGACAAGCAACAUAUAUCCUUCUACUCUUAAUAUUGAAUUCACAAGUUUCAAAAAUGUAAGUCAUUUAACUAUUGAUAAUUAUCCAGUCGAUAAAAUCUAUCACAUGGGAAACCUGCGUGACACUGUAGAAGUUCUCAAAGUGCAUAAUGCCAAGCUUAGAAAUAUAGUUGAAUUAACCAUGUGUGAAGAAGUGCAUAAACAUAUCAGUUCUGCAAACGAUUCUCAUGUCUGGCUUAAGGUCACUCAGUUGGAUUUAAGUGAUAAUCAAAUUGAAGUUAUUGAUGAAGCAAUAAAGCUCCUACCACACAUUGAAUCUCUUAUACUAAAUAAUAAUAGACUAAAAGAAAUAUCCAAUGUCACUCUAUUGCCAAGAUUGUCUCAAUUGCAUUUAGCGUCAAAUAAUUUCACCACUUUGCCUGAAAAUCUGUACACAAAAUUAGGCCAAAUUGUGUACAUUGAUUUAUCACGAAACAAUUUAACAUCCCUUGCAAGUUUUUCUAAACUGUACUGUCUUGAAGGAUUAGAUGUCAGUUGUAAUAGAAUAGAAGAUAUUCAAGAAGUAAAGCACCUGGGUGGUUUGCCUUGUUUGGAAAGUCUUAGGCUUACUGGUAACCCAGUAUCAACUAUAAUUGAUUACAGAGUGAAGGUAUUGGAGCCUUUUGGUAAAAGAGCUGCUGACAUUCAUCUUGAUAAUGAAAAGCCUGAUCAAAAAGAACUAGACACUGUUUCAGUUCUUCAAGCAUUGAGAAUUGCCAGAGAAGGAAAAUCGCCAACAUAUAGCACAAGUGAAGCUCCACUUUUUUCUGCUGAAAUUCCUAUUGUGUGAAACGAAAAAUCAGAGAAAACCCAUAAAAUGGUAUUUUUAUCUCUUGACAAAUUUUAUAAUAGCAUUGUUUUGCACUAACUAGAUUAGUUCUAUUUAUUCUUUUUGAUUUUGGUCAAUCAAUUCAAUGUACGCGUUGACGACCGUUUUGUUUCCACUUCUGGUAACUAAAACAAAGAAUUAGAUGUAAAAAUGUACAUAAGUAUUUAAAAGAAUGGCAAAUUCUAAAGGAAAUCUAUUUUAGAAGUGAAUUUGAAAAGAAAAUUUAUUUUAUAUAGGUAAGAAUCUAAUCUAUAGAUACGUUUGUAAUACUUAUUCUAAAAAUUAAUUUAUAUUUUGAUUAAUAAUAUAAUAAAAUAGAAUUAUACUCA